AUGGCUGUCUCCGCCCCGCGCGUGAAUACCUCGCAGCAAUCUCAGCCACAGCUCUCACCGUACGUUGGCAGAGGCAAGUCCAAGGCCGUACCUCUUCCAUCAGAUCCUUCGGCUCGAGACACAUCGUUGGACAGAGUCACUUCCUUCACAGCGCCGCAAGCGCGGGACGAACAGCAUGGCGAGGAGGGGACGGCAACUUACUUGACCCAGAUCAGCUCCUCCCCACAAGAGAAUGAUUCCACCGCAGACGAACAGUCGUCGGACGAGGAACAAGAUCCGCCUCUUAACCAACUCUCCUCCAAUGCUCCGAAAGCUCAGCAGCAGGCAUCGCAGACGACCAGCCAAUCGAAUGCUCAAAACGCACCUCACCUCUCGAAUGCUCAACCAGCUACCAACAAUGCGUCCUCCUCGCGUGCCAAGCCAAGACAGGGCCCGAAGCUCAAGUGGAGCUGGGAAAAGCGUUGCGUGCUGCAACUUCUGUGGACCACCAAGAACACCACCAAGGAUAGACGAGAGAUCUUCCAGCAUCUUUACCAAGCGGACAUUGCCAGCGCAGGCUUCCCUGGGGGUGUAUUUCCGUACUCCAGUAUGUCAAAGCAGAUGGCGCAAAAGACUCGCGGAGGUGACCGGGCGACACCCAAGGACUGGAAGAUGCUGGAGGUUGAUGCGGUGGAUGAUGAGGAUCAGGACGCCCGAGAUGCGGUGGAGRACAAGGUGGAUGCUGCAGCGUCUMAUCUCGGCAUCACCCUUGUCUACUAG